AUGUGUUUAAGAACUGUCGGAAAGUUAAAUAAGCUUUUGGAUGGUGAAUACCAUUUCGGUAUCUUUGGUCCAGCAAAGUAUAAGAAAGUGAGAACAAAAAAUUAUCCAUUAUGCUAUGAUAUGAUAGCAAUUGAUCGAUACAAACAUGGGGUUGAACAUCGCAGUGGAGCAUUCGAUGAACUUAUCAGUUAUCUAUAUAGUGUGAACGGAAGCGUUAAAAUGAUUAGCCGAAUAAUGACCUUUACAGUAGCUCAGCCUGGUGCUAAUGGCACGACAACACGUUAUUUAUUUACAUGCUUUCAACGGGAGAAUUAUAAACCAUGCAAUGGGCCUAUGACUAUUCGCAAUCAGUUAUUACCAGAAAUGAUUAUGGAAAAAAGUGCCAUGUAUGGUUCAAGGGAUAGAUCAUUAUGUCAUGUUGAUGGUUAUAAUAAUCGUAUUAGAUGUAAAUCACGCAAAGGAUGUUUCGAUUUUCACACCGUCCAUGGAAUUCGAAUGCGAGGAUGUAUCGACAAAAUUCCCAAGAUAGUCGCUAAGAUGCCAAAUUUUCGAUUGCUGUACACUUGCUAUAACCAUGUCUGGGUUACGAAAAGUGAAAGAACACGUUGUAUGGCCGAAAGCAAUCUAUGGGAUGGACGUACACUUCAACGACUGUUUGUUCAGGGAAAUAAAGAGGUUGGAAUAAUUGUUAUAAAUGAUACAAAUGGAAGGAAAAGAACUUCAUGCAUGUUGAGCAAUAGUGCUGAACCGAAUGACAUCAUGAAGGAUGUUAUCCAAGAGCUAUCAAUUAAAUGGAAAUGA